CGGGAUCGGUAUACUUAAUAAAUUUUGGAGCCCGCCAAAACGAAAAUUGCGUGAUUGUAAACAGCGAUUGAGCGAACAUUUGCAGGCUCGAAUGGAAAUUAUAUGCAAUCUGGGCCUGUUUAGAACUUAAACGAGACUUCCACUAUACCACCUUGGCUAUCCAUCACAUGAAGACUUUCCCAUUUUCAAGCUAUUUAAAGUCACCCGUAGUGGACAUCGAAAUUUUCUUGAUUGUACGACAAAAGUUAUACACAAGAAACCCAAACGGAUUUCUUAUGCACGUGCCUGGACUGUAAGACCUGGCCGGUGGGGGAUUCUAGAGGAGUUAGCAACUUACAUUAGUACUGUUUAGAUGUAUUUCAGGGACUGGGGUUAAAUUCGGAAUUAUACAGCUCUUAAAUGGAACACCACAAAUAAAUUGAAAUACUUUAAAAAUAUUCAUCAAUCGAACAAGAUGAAGAAAACUGGUGGCCCACCAAAUAAAAAGCCAAGAUACAAUGAUGAAGAUGAUCCAUCAAAUUUUGAAGAUGAGCUGGCAUUGUUAGAUGAAAUAGAAAUGGAGAUGCAGGACGACUUCGAUGAACAUGAUGGCUCUGCUGGUGACGGUCCAGGACAUGUGGAUGUUCCAUCCAAGUGGUGCCGACCUCCACUACCCGACGUUAAAGCAGACAGAGACAAACUGGUGUUCCAACAGAUUGAUGUCGAUCACUACAUAGGUAAACAUUUACCAGGUAUGCCUGGAGCAACUCAAGGUCCUGUCCCAAUUAUCAGAAUGUACGGAAUCACAGAAAAUGGUAACAGCGUAAUGGCCCACAUUCAUGGAUUUGCACCUUACUUCUUUGUUCCGGCUCAGCAGGGAUUCAAAAGGGAACACUGUGAACAAUUUAGGAAACACCUUGAUGGUGUGGUGAGGGGAGACCUUCGAUCCAACAAAGAAGAUAUCCAGACUGCUGUUCUUGCUGUUGAUUAUGUCAUGAAGGAAAGUAUAUAUGGCUACCAUGGAAACAGAAAACUCCCAUUCUUAAGGAUUACGAUGGCCAUCCCGCGUCUGAUAGCGCCAGCGAAGCGUCUGUUGGAGCAGGGUUUUACAUGCCCUGGGUAUUCCAGUAAUGGGUUUCAGGCCUAUGAGAGCAACAUAGACUUCGAAGUCAGAUUUAUGGUAGACACAGAUGUGGUGGGUUGUAGUUGGAUAGAAAUUCCCGAAGGAAAAUACCAGAUUCGGAGGAAAAAUAAUCCAAAGUUGCCUGUUAAAUCCCGCUGUCAGUUGGAGGUUGAUGUUUCUUGGGAGGAUUUCAUAUCACACAUCCCCGAGGGAGAGUGGUCGGCUGUGGCACCUUUUCGAAUUCUUAGCUUUGACAUUGAGUGUGCUGGGAGGAAAGGAGUAUUCCCAGAACCAGAUAAAGACCCUGUGAUUCAGAUUGCCAACAUGGUAAUUAAACAAGGAGAAAGAGAACCCUUUAUACGUAAUGUGUUUACACUCAACUCCUGCGCUCCUGUGGUUGGUUCCCAUGUCAUCAGUAAUGAAAAGGAGUCCGACUUACUUAAGAAGUGGGCGGAGUUUGUGCGAGUGGCAGAUCCAGACAUUAUAACCGGCUACAACAUACAGAACUUUGAUUUUCCGUAUGUAAUCAACCGAGCCAAUCAUUUGAAAGUGGGGGACUUCACAUUUCUGGGACGUCAGAAGGACAUUCGAUCUGUGAUAAAGGAGUCCAUGUUUCAAAGUAAACAAAUGGGAAAGAGAGAGAACAAGGUCAUAAACAUAGAGGGGCGUGUCCAAUUUGACCUUUUACAGAUUUUGUUGCGAGACUACAAGUUGCGUUCCUACACAUUGAAUGCUGUAUCCUUUCAUUUUCUGCAAGAGCAGAAGGAAGACGUGCAGCAUUCCAUCAUUACAGACCUUCAGAAUGGUAACGACCAGACUCGUCGUCGGUUAGCUGUGUAUUGCCUUAAAGAUGCCAUUCUUCCUUUGCGACUGCUGGAUAAACUGAUGUGUGUCAUUAACUACAUGGAGAUGGCAAGGGUUACAGGGGUGCCACUACCUUACCUGUUGUCUAGAGGUCAGCAGGUCAAGGUUGUGUCACAGUUGCUCAGAAAGGCUAAAGAGCAGGAUCUUCUUUUACCAACCCACAAAGUGGAGACGGGUGAUGAAUAUGAAGGUGCCACUGUUAUAGAGCCAGUGAAAGGUUUCUAUGACAACCCCAUAGCAACGCUGGACUUUUCCUCCCUGUACCCUUCCAUUAUGAUGGCUCAUAAUCUGUGUUACACAACACUGCUUAGUCAGCAUUCCAUACAGAAAGAAGGGUUGACUCCUGAUCAGUACAUCAAGACUCCAUCAGGAAAUUACUUCAUCAAGUCUCAGUAUCGCAAAGGUCUACUGCCAGAAAUCCUCGAGCAUCUAUUAGGUGCCAGGAAAAAAGCGAAAGCUGAUUUGAAGAAGGAAACAGACCCAUUCAAGAAAAAAGUGUUAGACGGCAGACAGUUGGCACUGAAGAUAAGUGCUAACUCUGUGUAUGGAUUCACAGGAGCUCAAGUUGGCAAAUUACCUUGCUUAGAAAUCUCCCAGAGUGUGACAGCUUUCGGUAGAAUGAUGAUAGAACAGACUAAAACCUAUGUAGAGGAACAUUAUACCAUUGCAAAUGGAUAUCAGCAUGAUGCUAAGGUGAUCUAUGGAGACACGGACUCUGUGAUGUGUAAAUUUGGUGUGGAAACUGUCGCUGAAGCCAUGAAGCUUGGACAGGAGGCAGCAGAUCUGAUUUCCGAGAAAUUUAUCAAACCAAUCAAACUGGAGUUUGAAAAGGUGUAUUUUCCCUACCUGUUGAUUAACAAGAAGCGGUAUGCAGGAUUGUAUUGGACAAAUCCACAAAAACACGACAAGAUGGACUGUAAAGGAAUUGAGACAGUUCGUAGGGACAAUAGCCCUCUGGUGGCCAAUCUCAUCAACACCUGUCUACAGCUCAUCCUAAUCAACAGGGACCCACAGGGCGCAGUGGAGUAUGCUAAACAGUCUAUUUCUGAUCUCCUGUGUAACCGAAUAGACAUCUCUCAGCUAGUCAUCACAAAAGAACUCACAAAGACGGGAGAUGAAUAUGCUGGAAAACAGGCACAUGUAGAAUUGGCACACAGGAUGAGAAAGCGGGACGCAGGCAGUGCACCACAGUUAGGGGAUCGUGUUCCGUACGUUAUCAUCGCUGGCACCAAGGGUUCUGCUGCUUACAUGAAUUCAGAGGACCCUAUCUAUGUGCUGGAGAACAACAUUGCAAUAGACACUACAUAUUAUCUAGAAAACCAGCUCUCUAAACCAUUACUCAGGAUCUUUGAACCAAUUCUAGGAGAGAAAAAAGCCGAGUCUGAACUUCUCAGAGGAGACCAUACCAGAACCAAAACAAAAGUGGCAUCUAAGGUGGGAGGAUUAAUGGCAUUCGCUAAGAAAAAAGAAACCUGCAUUGGAUGUCGAACGGUGCUCCAGCAAGAUGGUGUAGCUGUCUGUAAAUAUUGUAAGCCAAGUGAAUCAGAGAUCUAUCAGAAGGAGAUCUCUCACCUGAACAUUCUAGAGGAGAAGUUUUCAAGGCUCUGGACUCAAUGCCAAAGAUGCCAGGGGAGCCUGCACGAGGAUGUUCUGUGUACCAGUCGAGAUUGUCCGAUUUUCUACAUGAGGAAGAAGGUACAGAAGGACUUGGCAGACCAGGACAAAUUGCUGAGGAGGUUUGGUGAUCCUGCUUGGUGACAAGUGUACAGGGUCCUCUGGGUUUUUAAUUUUGAAGAGAAACAGUUCGAGUAUGAGAUCUUCACAGUCAUUUCACAGAAGUGCUGAUUUAUCCAAAAGGCCACUGUUACUAGCUAAAUGUUAGGGUAUGAAGGGGAAAGUUUGCUGUAUAUGACAUUCAUGUAUUGAUUUCCUUCAUUUUGAAUAACUUCUACAUAGACAGUCACAUUGAUUUGUUGAUGAAUAUUAGAAUUAAUUAAAAUAUGAAGAUUUUCA